AUGGCACGUAAAGAUUAUGCUGCCGAGAAGGGGAAAAUUACAACAUUCCUAAAGGAAUACUACAAGGAUAAUGAUGAUGGUGGAAAGGAAUUUGUUUACGCUUCACAGCUGACAAAGAUUGCACACAGAGAACAGGUGGCUCUCACAGUACAACUAGAUGAUGUCAGUGAUUUCGACCCUGAUCUCAGCGAGGCUAUCGUGGAGAAUACCCGAAGAUAUGUGCAAAUCUUUGGUGAUGCCGUGCAUGAACUUCUACCAGAGUUCAAACAGAGAGAGAUUCAACAUCGGGAUGUUCUUGAUGUGUACAUUGAGCACAGACUGCUUCUGGAACAGAGGAACCACCCAAAUGAUCAAGAAGCCACAAGAGAUCCCCAAAACCACUACCCACCAGAAUUGAUUCGCAGAUUUGAGAUUUAUUUCAAGGCACCUUCAACCCAGAAGUUUGCAGCCAUUCGAGAGGUCAAGGCCAACAACAUUGGGAAGUUGGUGUCAGUGAAGGGCAUCGUUACCAGGGCAACAGAAGUCAAGCCCAUGAUGACUGUUGCAACGUACACUUGUGACACCUGCGGCAACGAAACCUACCAGCCGAUUUCCAGUACAGCCUUCAUGCCGCUGCUGAUGUGCCCAAGCCAGGCGUGUACAACGAAUAGAUCUGGGGGACGGCUUUACCUGCAGACUCGUGGGUCUAAAUUUGUGAAAUUUCAGGAGGUGAAAAUUCAAGAACAUAGCGACCAAGUACCUGUUGGCAACAUACCUCGUUCCAUGACCAUUUAUUGUAGGGGGGAGACAACUCGCAAAGCCCAACCUGGCGAUCAUAUUUGUGUUACUGGCAUUUUUCUUCCACUGAUGCGCCAAGGCUUUCAGCAAAUUGCGCAGGGGCUGCUGUCUGAAACAUUUCUUGAAGCCCACAGAGUCAGUCAGAUGAAUAAAACUGAAGAUGACCUCUCAGAAUCACGUGACUUGACCCCUGAAGAGUUGAGGCUUGUGGCAGAGGAUGACUUCUAUGACAAGCUGGCCAGCAGUAUCGCCCCUGAGAUUUAUGGCCAUGCUGAUGUUAAGAAAGCUUUGCUGCUGUUAUUGGUUGGCGGUGUAGACAAGUCUCCCAAGGGGAUGAAAAUCAGAGGUAACAUCAACAUUUGCCUGAUGGGAGAUCCAGGAGUGGCCAAGUCUCAGCUUUUGUCUUACAUUGACAGAUUGGCUCAUCGUAGUCAGUACACCACCGGCAGGGGCUCAUCUGGUGUGGGACUGACGGCGUCGGUGAUGAAGGAUCCCAUCACUGGAGAGAUGAUGCUUGAGGGUGGAGCUCUUGUUCUGGCUGAUGAGGGCGUCUGCUGCAUUGAUGAGUUUGACAAAAUGAUGGAUGGUGACAGAACGGCAAUCCACGAAGUUAUGGAACAGCAGACCAUCUCUAUAGCUAAGGCUGGAAUUAUGACAAGUCUGAAUGCCAGAGUCUCUAUCCUGGCUGCGGCUAAUCCUGCUUAUGGCCGCUACAACCCCCGCAAAUCGGUGGAACAGAACAUACAGUUACCUGCUGCCCUGUUGUCUAGAUUUGACCUGCUGUGGUUGAUUCAAGACAAGGCCGACAGAGAAAAUGACCUGAGGCUGGCCCAGCAUAUCACUUACGUUCAUCAACACAACAUUCAUCCGCCUCUCACAUUCCAGCCACUGGAUAUGAAAUUGAUGAGGCGAUACAUUAGCCUCUGCAAGUCUAGAAACCCUACAGUUCCUGAAUCUCUGUCAGACUACAUCACAGGCGCUUACGUUGAGAUGAGAAAGGAAGCACGCAACAAUAAAGAUAUGACCUUUACCUCUGCUCGUACACUCUUGGCUAUACUGCGGUUGGCUACUGCACUUGCUCGUUUGCGUUUGGCUGAUACUGUAGAAAAGGAGGAUGUAAAUGAGGCGAUGAGGCUGAUGGAGAUGUCACGUGAUUCUCUGAACUCUAUGCACGAGGCUCAGAGCAGGAGCAUGAACCCUAUUGAUCAGAUCUACCAAAUUAUCCGAGAUAUGGUGCCCGCCGCUGGGGUAAAAUCAAUCAAACUGUCAGAUGUGCUGGAGCUGUGUACCUCCAAAGGCUUCAAACCGGACCAGAUACAUGCAUGUAUCGAGGAGUAUGAAGAUCUGAAUGUGUGGCAGGUCAACACAGCUAGAACAAGACUGACUUUUAUAUAA